UGUUAUGGUCAGACGCACUUGAUCGCCAACGAGACGAACCCUUGAUGCCUUAAAAUUUUGGACAGUUAUUGAUUAUUCUUAUAUUAAAUAUAUAUUGAUUAUUAGAGUCAAUCAUCUAUCGCGUGACUCGGAUCAAAAAGGUGCAGUCAUGGGAGAUUUACUGAAGGAAAUACAGAUCAUGUCCCCAGAGGCAGCAGACGCCCUGAAACAAGCAGGUUUUGUAACCGACAGUGACAUCCAGUCACUGACUCGACUGGACCUGCAUGAGCUGUUACCCGGACGCAAGGAUCUCAGACUGAGAAAAGACUUGCUUGAUAAGAUAAAAAAAUCGUCACAAUUGACAAGUUCAGAGAUCCUCCCUAAUGAUAAUGUUGACCCACCGAAGAACAACAACAAAAGGAAGCUGGACUCAAAAGCUGAAAAAGGAGACUCAAAUGCCAGGACGUCAGCACACUACUCUCAGGAAGUCACAGUGAAGUACAAGAUGGUUGUCGCAGGUCAAACCUUUGGCGCCCAUACACAGCUGAUGGAUCAAGUGAAUCGCGCCACUAAGGGCAACGUUGAGCUUUUGGAAAACUCUCAGGACAGCCAGAUUAUUAUUGUCUUCUGUCCAAUCACGUCACGCGUUGAGUCCGACGUGAAGGCAGCAAUGACUGGUGUCCCAGGUGACAGACCCAUCAUUCUGGUGAAAAUGCACCAUGUAUGUGAGUCCAAGUCCUCACUGUGUUUCAAUACAUCGAUUGAUGACAGGAAUGACGUGUUGCAGGUCAAUGUUUUCUACCAUGAGAACUUUCCUGGGUUAUUGAAGUGCCAACUAAAUGAAAAUGCUGUCUAUGAGAUCCAACAAGAAUUACUGAAGCACAGUGUUCAUAGAAGUAAAGUUACCAGCCGAAGUACUUCUGGUCAGGUUCCUGAAAAUCAGGCAAAAAAAGCUAAAAAAAAUGCGUAAUGGACUUUUUUGGACAAGGACAACAAUCUUGUUCACAAACAAACAACAGGGUGAAUACAUAACCCCUUUUAUGGAGGUAAAAAAAUAAACAAUGCAAUGGAUGGUAUCAGCUCCAACAUCAGAAACAAAAUGAAAAAUAUUAUUAUUAUUGGAUCUUGAGCUAAAUAUAUAUUAUAAGUAUGUUAAACAUUGGUAUAACUUUAAAAUCACAGAGGAGAAGAUGACAUUAAUUGAUCAGUUUUUUUUCCAUGUCUGCUGUUCAUUUUCUAAAGCUGCCAUAAUUUAAUGUGUACAUUUAGCUGUAACUGCUUACAAUGAAAUGCCUCAGAAUGCAUGAUGUGUAAUUACUGUACAUGAUAACACAAAUAAACUUCAAGUAUGGGUAUGACCAUAAUGGCUUGAAUGAU